AUGCCAGAAUCAUAUAUUGUCCGUUUUAAGGUAUUGAAGGUGGAGUCUGUCGCGUUGGUGGAUGGCAGACAGUACACCAUUUCGUACCGCCGCGGCGAGACAUCCCGUUCCACGCCCUGUUACAUCGCGGAGGGAGGUGCCGUCGACUUCAGUACAAUGCCUGAGGGGGCGGCCAUUGUUCAUUUCAAGAGCGGUGGAGCGAGGUUUCUUCCAAAGUGGAUCACCUUCCGCCUGGAGGAGUAUAUACGUGGUCGGCCCCGAAAAAUGAUUGGGGAGACACAGCUUGACUGCGCAGAAUUGCUUGGGCUGCGCAGCAUCACCGCAUCUGCACGUCGGCGUGUGAUUUUCAGCGUGUAUGGAACAUCCGCCCAGAUGGUGGUUGCGCUCCUCGUGUACCCCGCAAAUCACCCGGCGCUCUCCUUCGGCGACAUUGCCUCCACGACCGGGAGCGACGGCCAAAGGAGCAAGACGAAAAAUGGGGAGGUCAAGCGGAUGACCCGCGGGGAGGCGAUGACGCUGCUGAUAUCUCUCGAAGCCAUGCUUGAGCGCCGCCGCAAGGAGGAACCGAAGGGGAAAGAACCGUCCAAUUUGGAGCGGUGCCUGGCGGAGCUGGAGGAACGGCGCCGUUCACUCACCGGCGUAGAUGGGAUGGCUACCGCAGUGGUGAAGAAGCGCGCGGAGGAUGUGGUGGCGGCGCAAUUUCUUGCCCUCUCCCGUAAGUAUCGCGCCAACUACGCGGGGGAAGUUGCCGCCUAUCUCCGUCAACUAGCCGUCACGAGUGGACUCCCGCUCACCGCCGACAUCUCUGAGGAGGCGUCACCUGACGCAGAAGGGGCACGAGAACGGCUGCAACGCAUCAACGCCCGCAUCGACACUUUGUCAGGCCAAGUGCGGAAGCUGGAGGAGGAGCAGCUGUCCCUUGGACGGCAGCAGAAUAGGACUGAUAUGAAGAACGAACUGUGCGGCAUCACAAAUAAAAUGGAAGCCCUUCAGUCGCAAAUUCAGUUGCUGCUGAAGACGCGCUCGGCUCUGGAGGAAACGAUCCGCGGCAAAGGCACUGACGGCACACCGAUUGGUCGCGAGGUGCACGACAUCCGCCAACGACUUCGCGCCCUUACGGAAGAAGAGGCAAAACUUCGGGAGCAGGUACGCCGCAUGAUGAACGUCGCCAGCACGCACGUGUUGAAGUGGGCACGCAGCAAAAACCCGCCGUUGGAAGACAUUCAAACUGACCUCGCGGCUCUUUUUGCGGCGGAUGCACCAUCACAAGAAGCGAAGCAGGAGAAAAGCGCCCCGAAAGUCCUGAGUUCCGAGGAGCGCGGCCAACUCGUGGAGGCGCUGUCAAAUGUGGCCAAGGUGUCCGCCCCUCCCGUGCGAUCGGAGGUUUCGAGUGAGAUGGAGGAGCCACCGAGUCGGCAGCCGCAGCAGCAGGUGGAUUUAUUUGGGGCCACGGGACUCCCAUCGGUGGGGGACUUUGGCGGCUCUGCGACCAAAAAAGGGCGGAAUGAAUCCACCACCUUCUCGAAGACCGACAAAGACGCUGAAAAACACGUGGAUCCGUUCAUCUCCGAUCUUAAAAGCGAUAUGUUUGCCCCGUCGGCAGUGUCGGAGCAUAAAAAGGACACGUCUAAGGUCCAUGAGUUUAACUUUGGCGCCACAGCGGAGGAAGACACCGGGGCGGUGGGGGUGGGCGGCAGUAGUGAGUACGCCACGUUCUUCAAGGACGUACAUGACGCCGCAAUGGAUUUGGGCACACCGCCUGUUGUGGAUUUGGUUUCUAUUGAAAACGAUCCCAUGUAUGAUUUUCAUCCGCCCCCCGAGGCCGUCAGCACAAAACCCUUCACCAUUGAGUUCGAAGAGUCGCCGCUUUAUCACGGCUUUGAUGGGGAUGCCGCAACAAAUCCCCCUGCCUUUAUAUUUGAGCCGGAGGGUCAUCAAUCAACCAAUUCCUACACGCACGCUUUGCCGACAUAUAGCUUUGGUCCCGAUAGUGCAACAAAGAACUCUCGCACCGCAAAUGCCCCGCGUCUACCGACGUAUGACUUUGGCAGUUGA